UUUUUCACAGGGUGGAUAAGAUAUUUUGGCGUGAUUAUGGAUCGGAUUUCGUGCGUGAAAUUCGCUGGGUUCCGAGGAGGGGUUCUGGUUCUCGUGCUGACGGCGGGUUUCGCUGCUGGCGGGGUUCUGACUGCGGAUCGCACCUUGUUCGACCCAAAAUUAUCGCAGUAUGCGUAUAGAAAAUUGUUCCUGGAUCCGAACCCCGCAACAGUGAACUUCCCGAAAAGAAGCAGUAAUUUGUUGGAAAAGAAGAAGAUUCACAAACGGGAAGCGGAAAUUUAUGAAGCAUUUCGCCCCUUGAAGCGAUACGUCGAUGAGAACUUGUGCCAGAAAAAAUCUGGUAAG